AUGAGAGACCGGAUCAACAAUGAGGGGCAGAUGGCGGGUUCGGGUCUUCAUUCCCCAGACACAGUUGGCGGGGAGCCACUGGUAGCCACUGGGGUUGGGGGUAGUUCAUACUCCAUCAUGUCAUGCUGGGAAUAUGCUGUGCAGCCUGUGAGUUCAGGCAGGAAUCUCGGCAGCCAGGAACUGCCGAGUCACCUGAUAUAUUUGCUUUGCCCGUCGAUGCCUUGUUGCCUUAUUGAUUACGAUUAUGUCAGCCCAGCGCGGAGCUGCACCCCGGGGGAAGAUGAUGAGGUAGCCUCCGGUGACGUGACCACCUCCAGUGACAUCAAAUGCUAUGCGAAAUCGGAAGAGUAUGACAUGAGCAGGGGUUGUGGGGCUAUUGGCUUGUUAAGAAUCGGCCAAGCUGUGCUUCUACACCUCACAGAUUACUUCUCGCCUGGCAUUACCGAUUUUCAUGUUGGCCCAUAG